AUGCCGGGGAGCAAGCGGCCACAGCUCCACCUGCUCCAGUUUCUUUCACCCGCUUUUAGCUGGGCCAGAGUGACCGAGAGAGGAGCAAGCAAGCUGCACCAUGAUGAAGAUGGGCUGGUCCUGGGGACUCUGCUGGAGGGGGCCCACGGCAGAAGGGCCACCUAUGUGAUCCAGGGUGCCCUCCGCCCGGGAACGCUGGUAGGCAUCCCACCUGCUCCGAUGCCAAUGAGUUGCUGCAGUGAAGAAAUCACAAGGCUCCAUCACUGCGAGGAGCCCCCCGAGGCGGGCUGCCUGUGCUCGGGCGACUGCGCGAGUGGCGGCCCCGCGGGAUACCGGACAAGCGCAGAUAUCCUGACGGAGGACGACAUUUACUGCUGCUGCCUUUCCAAGACCCUGUGUCACACGUCCACACCGGUCACGGUGGGCUUCUACUCACCCUGCGGGACCCGCCUGCACUCGCUGCUGGACCAGGUCGCAGUCUGCAUGCACAAAGAAUCCGUCCGGAGGGAAGAAAGCGAGUUCCAGAGGUCCCACCAAAGGCCUCGCCGACCAGAAGGUUGGAACUACCUCACCCUCUUGUGGUACCUGGUUUUCUACCAGCCGGUCAUCACCGAGGUCCAUCUCAGGAGAAAGAACAUUGACUUCAUCUUCAUCAGAUUCAGCGCCUGGCAAUAUGCCGGCAGCGACAAGCUCUGGGCCGGGCUGGUCACCACCCUGUGCGAGCACAUCCGCCACUACUUCGGGCCGCUGCCUCUGAGCUUCUACCAUGUCGUGGGGAGCCGGCCUAAAUUCGCGUCCGGCUUCAGCCAGAGGGAGUGGCGAGUCAAGAAGAAGGCCUGCUUCACGGCGGGGGGUCUCGGGUUCGCCCUGCUAGCGGGCACCGGUCUGGCCACGACCGCGCUGCUCGUGCCGGAGAUCAGGGACGGCAGCGUGCUGAAGAUCCUCGGGAGCAGCAUCGCCGCCGUCUCUGGCUCGGGUGUCCUCCUGGGCUUGGCACCAGUGAUUAAGCACCUCAUCAUCAGCCAGAAGAAGAAGAUCGAAAACAUGACCAGCGAUGAGAAGUUUACCAGCCACCUCGGCUUCAUGUGCGCGGUGAAGCGGGAGAUCGAAAUCCUCACCAGCUUCGUGUAUUACAUGGAGAUCUUUGAGAGGCGGAGGCUGAGGAUUGUCUUUGAGGUCACCAGCUUGGACAUGUGCUACCCAGAAAGGGUGGUUGGGGUCCUGAAUGCCAUCAACACCUUGCUGUCGGACACCAAUGCCCCCUUCAUCUUCAUCCUCGUGGUGGACCCCUGCGUCAUCGUCUCAUGCUUGGAGCAAGCCGGGUGCAUGAAGGGCAUGGCCGACAAUGGCUAUGUCUACCUCAACCGCACGGUGACGCUGCCCUUCUCCAUCCCGGAAAUAGGCGUCCGGUCAAAGAUGCGCUUCCUGCACGAGGCCUUCCAGUCUCGGGAAGACCUGAUGUACCAGAUCAUCACGAAAAACAUGGAGCACAGCGCCCAGAAGGGCAAGCAGCUCAAAACCGCACAGCCAGAGAUGGAAACGUCCGUGGAGGUGGACCAGCACCAGAUCGAUGCUCAGGCCGUGCAGUACAUCCACGAAGCUUUCCACUGCUUGCACAACGAGUACGACUGCCUCUACAAAUACAUCCCGGACAGCAUCGUGCAGAUGCGGAGGAUCGUCAACACCAUCCCGAUCACCAUCCGGCUGAUGACCCAGCAGCACCUCCUGCGCUACGCCGUCUGUCCCCGGUCGGUGGCGGGGUGGGUGGUCUUGGCCAACCAGUGGCCCUGCCGCCUGAGCUGGAUCCUGCAGUGCAUGGAGGACCGGCUGCAGAGCCGCCCGACGUGUGGCUACGAGAAGGAGUCUCUGUGGCACGUCUUCGUGGAAAACUGCAAGGACCUCUUCGCCAAGAAGAAGGAGCUCCAGAACAUCCUGGCCUUGGACGGGGACCCGGAACUCUUUGCGAAGUUCUUGUCCUGCGACUUCCCGUUCACGGUGCAGGACGGGGGGAACUUGCUGAAGUACACCGUCAAUCUGGACCACUCCAUCAGGCAUAGGAUGGGGCAGUUGCGGUCGCUGGCUUCCCUGGAGAAGGACUACAGCAAGGAUGAGGCUCAUUCAGGCAGGAUGGUGUAA